AUGAGGGUGGAGAUAUAUGGCUGUGAAGAAGGUGUGCAAAUGUUUCAUAACUGAUUUAUCAUCCUCUUUCCAUGAGGCUUUACCAGGGAACACCAUGCAGGGAACUUUGCCAAACUCAGGCUUGUGACGUUUAGUCACUGUCCGGCACUAUUAUAAAAAAUAAACUAGUCACGCCCUCCCCACUGACGCCUUGCGAAGAGGUUGUGAGUUCCUGAAGGUCUCCUAAAAGCAAGGCAGACCAAACAGAUCGAAAAGGAUGUGGAAUAAGGACCAAGGACCAAAUGCCACUUUGCUCCUCAGAGACUCAAAUAAUCGUUUUAACUGAAACAAGGUCUUUAUCACAUACCAGCAUGCCUCUUUCCAGUUUUUUUUUUUCAGCUACCGGUCCGAAAGACUACAAAUAGUCCGUUAUUUUCUUUUGAGUCAUAGUAGAUCGAGAGUACGCGUGAGAAGAGAGUGGCGAAGCUGCGAGGGCGGAAGCCCGAGCCAAGAAAAUUGCCCUCUGCGCUCCAAUCUCUCCUCCUUUUUACUAUUAAUUUGCAUAAUUCUACUUGUUCGAUCCGGGCGCGCGUGGCUCUGAAACCGUUCUGGAGAAAAAAAGGACAACCGCUUGCGGUCCACCUGCGUUCCAAUUAUGCAAUGAGAGAUUUGUCUUUAACCGUUCUCAAUUAGACUUCUUCCUGGCCUUUAAGAAUGAAACAACUAUAACAAAGCGAAAAUAAGAGGAAUGUACACAUUAGUCUCUCUUAGUUACAACGCAACACAAAAACUUUAUGAGCUGAUUACUGGUUCAAGAAGAUGAAGGAGAUUAAAGUUUAGGUAAUGGAAAACUCCAGCAAUUAGUCGCUAUCUCCAUUUGCGUCUUUCUGCCAAUGUUUGACUAUAGUUAGUAAAUGUCACAUAAGUCUACAUGUAUUUGAGAAGCAAUCUAAAUUAAAACUGUUUUUUUUUUAUAACCCUCCAAUAAAAAAGUUGUCCUGUUCAGUAGCUGCUAAAGAUAAACCGAGUGUUUCCAAGCAUUACAUUUGUUUUCUGUCACCUAUUUUAUAUCAAACAGCUCGCAGUUGUUUUUUACCUCUGGGUAUGGAGAGUGGACAUCUGCCUGAUAGCUCAUUGUCAGCCUCAACAUCAGCCAGCUCCAAUCACAUUCCUCAGUUUGGCCGCCUAAAUAAAAUCCCAGCUAGUGGAAAAUCAGGCGCCUGGUGCGCGAAGAGUAACGAUGGCAACCAGUGGCUGCAGAUUUCCUUUGGACGACAAACUACAGUGACCAAAGUGGCGACUCAGGGGAGGUAUGACUCUGACUCUAGGGUGACUAGCUACAGUUUAUCUUACAGCGUGGAUGGUGCUCACUGGGUCUUGUACAGGCUUUCUGAUGGACACAUUAAGGUAUGACUAACAUGCAGUGGCAUUUCAGGCAAUUCUUAUUCUGUAGGAAACCACAGGAUGUGUUUCAUUUUGAUAUACUCAUACAUUUUUUUUUUAGUCUAGCAGGAUUUUAGAAAACGUUAUCGCUAAAAUAUGUCUCCAGUUCCGUCAAGCUCUCCAAAAGUAGCCAUUAUAAGUCAAAAACUAAUUGUGCAGCCAUAACUUUUUCUCUUCUUGUCUCCUCUUCUCUUUCUCCUUGCUCUCUCUAUUGUUCCUUUCCUUUUUCUUCGCUAGUGUAAUUUUCUGGCUUAAUCGGGCCCAAAAAAGACUUGCCUUUUAGCCUUCAGUUUUUCACUUAUUAAUAAAUAGCGGCAAAAGUUCACUGAAUGUUGGCAGGUACGUUCUCAAAACAUCCGGCCAAGUAUUAUUUUUAUUAUUUGGAGUGCAUGUCAUUUCUACAGAUCUAUAGGGGGUUCAACAUAAGCUUACACGGAAACACAGGAGCUUCUUUUAAUAAGCAUGAUGCCGUGUUACCACUUGGAUCAAGUGAUAGUUGUUAUUGCAGACUGCGGGAUUUUAUACUUCUCAUUAACAUGUUAUCAUAUUUUUUUAUACUCUUAACACGGUGGCAUUUUGACUUUUAAAAGUCUCGAGAAAGGGUUGUGGUCAUGUAUUUUACAAAUAUUUUGGUCAGGUAUUUGGAGGCAACGUUGACCGCCACACUCCAGUUCAGCAUUCUCUGUAUUCGUCAAUCCAAGCCCGCUAUCUUCGAUUUCAUCCCAAAACUUGGCAAAAUCACAUUUGCAUGAGGGCUGAAGUUUAUGGCUGCCAGGAAGGUAAUUUACACAGGAGGAUUUCCUGGAUUUCAGUAACUAGCAGUUUUUCAAUAUCGAAGAGGCCCCUCCUCGCCCCUCCAUCCUCUUGCAAACAAGUAAAGAAAAAACAUACAAACAAACGAGGAACUAAAACUAAAAAGAAGCUUAUAAAAGUUAACAGGUAUCCGCAACGAUGUUACGAAAAUACAUUUCAAAAUCAGUAUAAAAAUAGUGCGGAGCAUGAUAGUAAUACGACACUUGCUUUUGUACGUACUGUUUGUCAACCAUCCGUAAUGCACUGAGAUAGUGGCCACCUGGAAAAUUAACUUUAUGAUGUAUAUGCUGUGAAAAACAACAUGACCUUUCAUUAAUAGCGAAAUUUAAAAAAAGCAAACUCUUAAGCAUCGAUUACCAUUGACAUAUAUGUAAAAAAUUACACAGAACCAGUCCAAUCUUGAUAAUUAUUUGGCUAAUGACUGCCCUGUGUUCUCUUCCUUUUUUCGUUAAUUGAGAAUAAAUUUCUGUUUUAUAAGGACACCGUUGCUCCAUGUCGCUUGGAAUCGAAGAUGGCCGAAUUCAAGACAGCGCCAUGACUGCAUCCACCAUUCACAACAGUGCCUACGUAGCCCAGCUCGGCCGUUUGAACCUGGUAGCCAGGUCUGGUAAGGCAGGAGCCUGGUGUGCAAAGACAAAUAACAACAAAGAAUGGUUGCAGAUCGAUCUUGGAAAUCCUACUACCGUCACUAAGGUAGCCACGCAAGGAAGGCAAAAUGCCGAUCAAUGGCCGACCAGCUACUCAAUAUCUUACAGCCUCACAGGUUCUUAUUGGGUCCAGUACACAGUACGCGGUAAAAUAAAGGUAACAACACUAUACUCAUUGCACCGGCCCCAGAAAUAA